AUGCUCAUUGUCGGAUGUGCCGUUGCCGGUCUUGGAAUCAGGGCAUCGCCGCUGAUUGUGCCCGUGUAUAUUGCGGAGACGGAGAUUACGUCUCAGGGAGGUGACAUGCUAGGAUUCUGGAUCAACUGCGCCUGUGACCUCCUCGUUCAAGGCCGCCCAGUGGAUCGUUCCCCUUGGCCUGCGGCUCGUCCGCGGUGCCCUCCUUCUCUUGGGCAUGCUGAAAUGCCCGAAUCGCUGCGAUGGCUGGCGAACCACGACCGUUGGGAGAGGCAGAAAGUGUUCGUCGGCCUCCGCGCCCUGCCCGCCGACCCCAAUACAUCCGAGGCGAGCUCUCCGAGAUCCACCACGCCCUUCCAAAGGGGUAACCGCGUCUCCGUUGGCAUGUUGCUCUUGGUAUGCCAGAACUUCCCCGGCGUCAACAUUAUUACCUACUACUCACCUCGCAUCUUCGAGACACUUGGCCUCGCAGGGACCAUCACCAGGCUCUUCGCUGCAGGCUUAUAG